AUGUCCAAUCCAAUUCUACUAGGGGCAUACCCUAACCACAGCCAAGAGCUUUAUCCUUCAUCUGCACCUCCAUCUGCACCACCGUCCGCUCAUUCCGAUACACCAUUUAUGAAAGAGAAGUGCGAGAAGCAAUACCCACUGAGCUUCCGUGAGCGCCUCCGCCAUUUCACAUGGGCAUGGUACACUCUCACCAUGAGCGCAGGAGGCCUAGCCCUCCUCAUAGCAAACCAACCGAACAAAUUCCAAGGCUGCCGUGAGAUCGGUCUAGCCAUCUACAUAAUCAACCUCAUCCUCUUCUCCCUUGUCUGCUCUCUCAUGGCAGCGCGCUUUAUAAUCCACGGCGGAGCCCUCAACUCCCUCCGCCAUGAACGCGAAGGUCUCUUCUUCCCAACCUUCUGGCUCUCCGUCGCAACAAUGAUCACCGGCCUGGAGAAAUACUUCGGCGACAACGCUGCCUCAUCCUUCACAACAACCCUCGAAGUCCUUUUCUGGAUAUACUGCUUCUGCACCUUCACCCUCGCCGUCGUCCAAUACUCCUUCGUCUUCACCUCGCACACCUACCGCCUCCAAACAAUGAUGCCUUCCUGGAUCUUGCCCGCAUUCCCGAUCAUGCUAAGUGGCACGAUCGCCUCCGUCAUCGCCUCACGCCAGCCCGAGCGCGCCGCAAUCCCAAUCGUCACCGCCGGAAUGACCUUCCAAGGCCUCGGCUUCUGCCUCUCCUUCAUGAUGUACUCGCACUACAUCGGACGACUGAUGGAGAGUGGUCUUCCCUGCCGCGAACACCGACCAGCGAUGUUCAUCUGCGUCGGACCGCCCGCGUUCACGGCUCUUGCCUUGGUCGGUAUGGCGCAAGGACUGCCAGCGACAUUCAAGGUGAUGGGGAGCGAGGACACCGCAGCUGAUGGACGCAUGAUUGAGAUUCUGGCGUUGACAGCUGGCGCGUUCUUAUGGGCGCUGAGCCUUUGGUUCUUCUGUGUUGCUGCUAUUGCGGUUAUUCGGUCGCCGCCGACGAGCUUCCAUCUUAGCUGGUGGGCGAUGGUUUUCCCUAAUACCGGGUUCACGAUUGCUACUAUUACGCUUGGAAAUGCAUUUGAUAGCACGGCGAUCAAGGGUGUUGGCUCUGCGAUGACUGUUUGCAUAGUCUGCAUGUUCAUCUUUGUCUUUGUCAGUCAUGUACUUGCGGUCUAUCGCCAGGAUAUCAUGUAUCCUGGUAAGGAUGAGGAUACCUCCGACUGA